GCACAGCACGUCAGGGCAACUUUCCCUCAGGGUAUUGAGGACAGGAGUAUAGUUAACUAGUAAAGAUCAAUCCAUGAUAUUCUUGCCUCUUUGGGACAUAUUCCUUAUAGAAGUCCCUCAGUAACACAGUAAACUGUGCAUCUCACCCCUCCCCUGAUCUUCAGAACUCACGCUAUUGGGCUAGGGUUGUAAUGCCUAGUAGGUUUUGUGGGAGGGAGAGAACUGGAUGGAAAAAUAUUCCAAGCCUGUCAUUUGUCUUGUAGAGCGGAAACAUUAGAUGAAGAUGCCUGUGUUAUUGCUUUUUCUCUUGUUGGUGGCUGCAGCUCAUAGUCUUGAUGGGACGUCUUUUGGUCAUAGUGCUGUUUUAGAUGGAGAGGGCAAGUACCAAGUGCACUGGAGUCAUAAGGGGGACACUAUCACCUUCUUGCUGCAGGUGGAAACCUUGGGUUAUGUUGGCUUUGGGUUCUCUCCAAAUGGAGCCAUGGCUUCUUCAGACAUAGUUAUUGGUGGAGUGGAAAAUGGCAAACCUUAUUUACAGGACUAUUAUACAGAUGAAAACAGGGUUCUCUAUCGAGAUUCACAGCAGGAUUAUACACUGAAAUAUGCAAAGGAGAAUGGCACACACACACUUCUUAAAUUCAGCAGAGCUCUUCACACAUGUGAUUCAAAUGACAGAACUAUAACCGAAAGCACAGUGAGAGUAAUUUGGGCUUACCAUGCAGAUGAUAUGGGAGCCACUGGUCUCAUAUACCAUGGAUCAUAUCGAGGACGGAAAAGCUUACGAUUACUGAACCCAGAGAAAGACAGUGCACUACCGUUGGAAACUCCAUAUUUCAAUUUCACAAAUGUAGACGUUCCUAUUCCAGAUAAAGACACAACAUAUUGGUGCCAAAUGUUCAAGAUGCCAACACUCAGUAAAAAACAUCACAUUGUUAAGGUUGAACCACUGAUACAAAAGGGCCACGAGAAUCUUGUGCAUCAUAUUUUACUAUAUGAAUGUGACAGAAAUGCCAGUGAUGCAGUCCUGGAUUCUGGACAUGAAUGCUACCAUGCUAACAUGCCCGACAUCUUUCUUACAUGUGAAACUGUUCUUUAUGCAUGGGCCAUUGGUGGAGAGGGAUUCAUAUAUCCACCUCAUGUUGGUUUAUCAAUUGGAUUGUCAACAGACCCUAAAUAUGUUCUUAUGGAAAUUCAUUAUGAUAACCCAUCACAUCAAGAAGGUCUAACAGAUAAUUCAGGAAUACGUUUGUAUUAUACUCCACAUGUAAGAAAAUAUGAUGCUGGCGUUUUAGAGAUGGGCAUUUGGGUCAGCCUCUAUCACAUGAUUCCACCAGGUAUGCCAGAAUUCAGCUCUGAAGGACACUGCACUAUGGAAUGCCUGGAAGAGGCAUUGAAUAACGAGAAGCCAAGUGGCAUCCAUGUAUUUGCUGUUUUGCUACAUGCGCACCUGGCGGGAAGGGCUAUUAAAGCACGUCACUUCAGGAAAGGAGAAGAACAGCCAUUGCUGGCCUAUGACAAUGAAUUUGACUUUAACUUUCAGGAGUUCCAGUAUUUGGAGGAAGAAAGGACAAUUUUACCUGGAGACAAUUUAAUUACUGAAUGUCAGUAUACCACCAAAGGACGAUCUACAAUGACAUGGGGUGGACUGAGCACCAGAGAUGAAAUGUGUCUGUCCUACUUAAUGUAUUAUCCAAAAAUUAAUCUUGCCAGAUGUGAAAGCAUACCAGAAAUUGCAGAACAGCUUCAUUUUAUUGGUGUGAAAGAGAUAUAUACACCAGUGACGUCUUGGCCUUUUAUUAUCAAGAGUCCCAAAAAAUACAACAACCUCACUUUCACAGAUGCAAUGAACACCUUCCAGUGGUCACAAAAGAAAGGACACACAUUUAAUGACCGUGUACGAAAAAUGCAAAUUAAUGUUAGGUGUUCUAAGUAUGAAGGCCAUGAAUGGAUGGUUCAAGGUAUGAUUGUUUCUCCACCCAAAGUGAAAAAAACCCAUGAGCAAGAACCAUUUGUUUGUCUGUCUCUCUCAAACUGUUUAAAUUCUGAUAUGUUAAUUUUCCUGUUGACUACGUUACUCAGUAUGUUCUACAUACUAAAUGACCAUGUUUUGCAUUCAUAAAAAAAAUCCAUGUAUUUUUUAACAAAAUAUUUUAUGCAAAU